CUCGGCACAGGUAGUCGCCCGGCUCCCGGCCCGGCCCGGUGAUCGUCGGCCCAGCGGUGGGGCCAUGGCGUGGCGGCGGCGGCCCAGGGCCGGCGUCGGGGCCCGCGGCGCGCUGGCUCUGCUGGCGCUGGCCCUGUGCGCGCGCGGGGCCCGGGGCCGGGCGCUCGAGUGGUACUCGGCCGUGGUGAGCACCGAGUAUGUGGACCCACAGACGAACCGGACCGCGUGGAGCGUCUCGGAGAGCGGCCGCUUCGGCGACAGCUCGCCCAAGGAGGGCGCGCAGGGCCUGGUGGGCGUCCCGCGCGCGGCGGACCGCGACCCCGAGGGCUGCGCGCCCGACACGAGCUUCUUCGUGCCCGCGCCCGGCGGCCGGGGGGCCGCGCCCUGGGUCGCCCUGGUGGCGCGCGGGGGCUGCACCUUCAAGGACAAGGUGUUGGUGGCGGCGCGGAGGAACGCCUCGGCCGUGGUUCUCUAUAACGAGGAGCGCUACGGGAACCUCACCGCGCCCAUGGCGCACGCGGGAACAGGAAAUAUAGUGGUCAUUAUGGUUAGCUACCCAAAAGGAAGAGAACUAUUGGAUCUGGUGCAAAAAGGAAUUCCAGUCAAAGUGACCAUAGGGGUCGGCACCCGUCAUGUACAGGAGUUCAUCGGUGGUCAGUCUGUGGUGUUUGUGGCCAUCGCCUUCAUCACCAUGAUGAUCAUCUCAUUAGCCUGGCUGAUAUUUUACUAUAUACAGCGUUUCCUGUAUACUGACCCACAGUUUGGAAGUCAGAGCCAUAGAAAAGAAACUAAGAAGGUUAUUGGUCAGCUUCCUCUUCAUACUGUAAAGCAUGGAGAAAAGGGAAUCGAUGUUGAUGCUGAAAAUUGUGCAGUGUGUAUUGAAAAUUUUAAAGUAAAGGAUAUCAUCAGAAUUCUGCCAUGCAAGCAUAUUUUUCAUAGAAUAUGCAUUGACCCAUGGCUUUUGGAUCACCGCACGUGUCCAAUGUGUAAACUUGAUGUCAUCAAAGCCCUGGGAUAUUGGGGAGAGCUUGAGGACGAGCAGGAGACGCCUGCUCCAGAAUCGACCCCUGGAAGUGUUUUGGCUGCAAAUUUGAGUAUUACUUUACAAGAUGAUGCCAGAAGUGAAGGGAGCCCCUUACCAUCAUCUUCCACUAACGAAUCCGUGCCGCAGUGCAGUGCCGGUUUUAAAGAAGAUGCAAGUGAAAACACAGCCUUACUAGAAACAGACAGGAGUGACCUUCAGCGAGGAGGCCCCGUCUGCUAGCGCACGUCCCGCUGACGGCGUCGCGCCGUCUGCUAGCACACGUCCCGCCGACAGCAUCACGGAUGGAGCUGCGGCGUGAAUGAAAAGACAGUUUAUGUUUUUUACUUGAGGACAUAGUUGGUAUAUUUGAAAAUAAUGUACAUUCUUUACCUUUCAGAUUCUGAUUUAAUAUACAAAGGGCUAAGAUAUUUUAUUCUUAAAGAGACUUUUUGAUUAGUCUUUGUAGAUAUCUACUGAGAUGUAUCGUUUACGAUCGUACGUUCUUUCAGGCCAUGGCGACAGAAGCAACUGGGAAGGCACUGUGUUGUAAAGGAUGGUGGUGGUUCUGAAUACUAGGCUAGCUACUACGGUCCUGUAGGAACAAGGUGAAUUCUGCUUCUAGGAUGGCUUUAGACUAGUUGAAGUGGAAUUGUGUAAUUAAAUUCAGUAAUUGAUCACAUGAGUUUCCCUAGAGGAAGGACUUGAUUAGAAUAUUAAACUUGUAAAUGAGAUGAGCAAAAUCUGCAGUUUUAUUGCAUCUCUGUGUUACAUAGAGAGAUUUCAAAACCGGAGAACACUUUUUCACUAUUGUUUUCUGUUUGGAAUUAUGAGGAAAGCACUAGAUGACUUUAGGACUCCCAUAUUUCCCUUUUAUUACCUAAUUUCUUGUGACAUCUUGAUGAGAGAAAUUUGUCCAUUUUUUCUACAAAUAAAAAAGCUAAGAUUCUGUAUUGCAAUGAGCAUUAAUUUCUUCAUUACCUUGUUAAGGAAAUGGAGUAGGCAGACUGGUUAUUUUUUUUCUAAAUGAUGAAUAUAAUAUAUUGGUUCCAACUGCAACUUAAUCUUGACAAUUAAAAGAGUGAUCGAUGGAGAAUUUUGAUUAUUGUAACAAAAUAAACAAGUAACCAGUUUUCUGGGUUAA